CAUUCAACACAAGAAUUUGAACACGAUGACAUCUCCAAAGUUUGCCGUCUAUGUGACAUGGUUGUUCUUGUUGAAAAUGGCUCAUGCAACUGAUCUAAAAUUGUUGUCACCUGUGCGUCAAGAAAGAGGAUUUGCAUCAGUCGAUGUUGGAGGCAACAUUACUUUGGAAUGUUUCUAUCAGGAUAAAGAAGGAGCAUGGCUUUACUGGUUUAAGCAAACGCCGGGACAGAGACCAAAGCUGGUCUCCUCCUGCUAUUCAUACAACACAAAAGGCAAUUUUCAUCAUGAAUUUGAGAACAAUCAACGCUUUACACUGAAUUCAAAUGAAGUCGGUCAAAAAGUCAGUCAAAAUCACUUGACAAUUUUUGAUUUAAAAAUUUCAGACACAGCAACUUACUACUGUGCAUAUAUCACUUCAUAUGUGUUGACUUUUGCAGAGGGCACUGUUGUCAGUGUGCAGGGUUCUAGUACAAACAUCCCAGCUUUGCUCCAUCAGUCACCAUCAGAGACCAUCCAGCCAGGAGGCUCUGUGACUCUGAACUGUACAGUACAAACUGGGACCUGUGAUGGACAACACAGUGUUUACUGGUUCAAAGACUCCGAGGAAUCUCAUCCAGCACUCAUUUACACUGAUGGAGGCAGCACUGAUCAGUGUGAGAGGAAACCCAACACACAAACACACACCUGUGACUACAACCUGCCGAUGGAGAGCCUGAAUCCGUCUCAUGCUGGGUCCUACUACUGUGCUGUUGCCUCGUGUGGACACAUUCUGUUUGGAAACAGGACCAAGCUGGACUUUAAAGGUGAGGACUCUCAUAUCAUUGUUUAUUUCUUGAGUGGAGCUCUAGCAUUUACCAUCAUACUUAAUGUCCUUCUGGUUUUCUUACUUUGCAUGAUGAACAAGAGAAACCGCUGUGAAGAUACAGAGUCUCAUGCAAGAUGUUCAGCUCCCUCCACACCAAAUGCAGAGGAUGACCGAAACGAACCAAACAUCCAAUAUGCGGCAGUAAGAGAACACAAGAUCAGCAGAUCUAGAAGACAAAGGAACAACCUUGAGACCGAAUGCACAUACUCAGCUAUAAAGCCGUAGGAGUGUAUGUGCUUCAAAGGGGUACCAAGCAGACACUGAGGUCAUUUUGUCACUGUGUCUUUCUUGUGACUACGUGUUGAAGCAGCAUGUGACUGUAACUGUAUAAAUACAAGCUGUUUUAUCAAGGAAAGGAAAACUGGAACGAAGGUAUGACCUAGAGAGAAUAGUUAAAGGACUAAAGUCAGAUAUAAGACCCUCUGUACGUCUUUAACGUACACCAAGACUUUAACUUAAUUCAUUGGAUCACUAUUUAAAGGCCCUUUUGCUCGUCAGCUUCUGUUAGUUGUUUGCAAAACAAACAAGUUCUCGGAAAAUGUGUUCAAAACCGCACUCAUACAUAAAGAUUCCAGAUCAUCUGAUGUUUUUGAGUGUCAAACAUGUCAUUAUUGUGACGUAAUAAUCUUUUUGACACAAUUUUAUAUGUGAAAAUGAAAUACUAAAUUGUACAAGUCUUUCAAGUGUGACUGUAUAUUGGUAAUGGUAAUGAAUGUAGAUGAUGGAUAGACAAGAUAUUCUGCCUCUGACCCUUCUAUUCAUGCUUUUUUUUACACAAAUCCUUCUGGCCUGUCACAAUAUCCCCCUGAUGGCAAUAGAAAGAAUUAAGUUCAAGUCCUUCCGCAUUGGCUCCACGUUUCAGAAACAAACUUUGCCACCUGGGUGCACCACUCAGCACUACAUGCUUCAAAAACACAACACGGUGUGCUCCACUGCUCAUUUGCCUCGUUCAUUUGUUUUGCUGAGCAACAAUUUCAAAAUAAUAAAA